UAGAAACUCUCCCCGUAGACCUUAUAUUUUUCGUCGACUUCAUCUGUGCAAAAGCCUACCUGAUUCGACGUGCUCGCGAUACCUACACGAUGUGUCAUGCAUGCCCCCAUCAGGUGCCUGUGGACGGUGGCUUUUCAUUGGUUCAACUGCCGAACACCGCAAGCGAGUUUGCAAAGUUAAUGAUGGACCGCACUUCCCAAAAAGCCAAUUGAUGGGUCACGGACAUUGCGUGCUGUUCACAAAGACCAGCUAACCUUGUUGCUGCCUAUAAACCUGGCUCUUUCUACUGUAGGCUACAGCAAGAUUUUUCUAAAGCUGUCUUUAAGUAAGUAUCUAGUCAGUUGCUCUAAAGGCAUUUAAACGGGUAACGUUACCCUCCUUACAUAACCCUGUAUGCACCUUUCGAAUCGUAAACUACAAGGACAUUUCAAUGUGUCGUUAUUCUUUUCUUCUGACUGUGAAUUUCGAAGUGUGAAUGAUAAUGAUGCCUUAUUUAUUGGCACAACUUACGCUCGUGAUGACUUCAACAUCAACUUUUUUUACGCGCUUGUGUUGUGUAGCUCAUUAGGGCUGUACUUAGAAAGAAACGGGGGCAAGACUGUUUAUACGUGAAAGGAAGCUUAGCGAUUGCUAUGUGACCCCUCAUUUAAACUAAUCUGUAAGAAAAUAUUUAGAUUGCAUACAAAAAAAAAAAAAAAAGAAACGAAGAGUGGCUGCAGCGACAUGCGCCAGCGUUAUUGAAGAAAAAGAGCGACCAAGCGCUUCCAGCAUCCAGAAUGAACGCCGAAGAAGCGGUUCGAAUGGCGGUAGACUACGGUCGUCGCGCCGAAGCCGAAGAGGAGGCGCAGAACUUCGCCGAAGCCUUCCGGCUGUACAAGCAGGCGCUGUUCCUGUACUUCGUGGCUGCGCGGGAAAUUCGAGUCGAGAGCAGCGGCUACCUCCAGCGCACGCACGAGUUCAUCCGCUUCUUGGGGGCGCGGGCGGAUGGCGAUUACUCGACAGCCAGCUCGAGCCCAUCGCCCACGGAACAGCAGCGCCGGCUACUCAGCAGCGGAAGCAGCCUCAGCGUCUUUCCGGCGCCCCACGGUCAAGAGGAGCACAAGGUGUUCCACACGGGUGGCGUGGUUGUGCUAGGCGAGGCGCAAGUGCGCUGGUCCGACGUGUUUGGCCUCGAGGUGCUCAAGCGGGCGCUCAUGCUCAACGUGGUGUACCCCGUCAAGCACCCGGCGCUGUUCGAGAACGCCAAGCCACUCUCGAGCCUCAUGCUGUACGGUCCCACGGGCUGCGGCAAGUCGCACAUCGGUAAGGCCCUGGCCACUGAAUUUAACGACUCCACCUUCUUCUACGUCAUGUGCCAGCAUUUCGCCUCCAAGUGCCUCGUCGGGAACGAGAACCUCACCGUGAGGACGCUGUUCGAGAUGGUCCUCAACCACGCCCCCAGUGUGCUCUUCCUCGACGAGCUUGACGCCCUCAGCGGGAGCGGAGUCAGCGGCGAAAGCUCGGGUUUUCUGUACAGAGUGAAGGCCGACUUCCUGAGCCUCCUGGAGGGGAUACUCUUCAAGCAGAAGGUCACUGUCAUCGGAGCCACCAAGUCGCCGUGGGCCGUGGACCCGGCGCUCGCGCGCGUCUUUCGGAAGUGGGUUUACGUUCCGCUACCGACAGACGACACCCGAGAACUGAUGCUGCUCAGUGGACUCAAGGAUGUUCGCAAUCAGCUGUUAGACUCAGACAUCUACUACCUCGGGCAGAAGACAGAUGGCUACACGUGUGAGGAUCUCACAUUGCUACAGAGGGAGGCCAAGAUGCAGGUCAGACAGAAACUCAAGUCAGCGACUCACUUUGUCAAGGUCGAAGGGUACAGGAGGCCUGGAAGCGCGUCAAAGACCGGCGACUUUCUCACGCCAUGCCCGCCGGACACUCCAGGAGCGAUCAGAUUGUCCUGGAAGGACAUUCCCAAGGAAGCCCUCUUAGAACCAGAACUGAGCUUGCAAGAUUUCGAGGCGGCGUUGCAGAAGUACCACGCCUCCGUAACAUCCAGCGAGCUUGACAAACUGGACGCGUUCAGAACGAACCAGGAGUCAAAUGUUCACACGGUUCUGCGGGUCGACAUGAGUGCUUUUAAUGUAGGCCACAUGGCUAACGACGACGCUGAAGCUGUAGUGGAAAACUGACGCUUUUU